UCAAACUACAGUUCUGAUUCUCUGCUCUUCUCUUCGCCGUUAAUUACGACUCUAAACAAUAAGACCGAUAAGAUGCGCGCUGUGAUUUUGGUGACGGUUGGUCUGCUGGCGCUGAUUGGACACCUGGAUGGACGCGCUCAUGGCGAGAAACGACGCGACAGACCAAACUGUCUCCAACGGACGGUCUCUCCCAGACUGAUCAAGGAAUUACUCAACAAAACACAAACUCUCACUAACUCUUUACCAACGUUCCCCAGAAAAAUAUAUGAAAGACUUCUGCCCAAAAUCUGUACAACGUGUGCUAAGAAACAACUUGGCAUCUGGGAAAUCAACAAGAUAUUGGAUGUCUAUUCCAACGUGUUCAACCAGGACUCUUUGGAAGGUCUCUACCCCAAACACUUUGAGGAUCUUCUGGCCAGGCUGAAAACAGAUGUGCAAUCUUGUCUGGUGGAGUGUCCAACUAGACCAACAUGGACCAAGACAACCAUCAGGAAGAUGGAGAACACAUUUAAGAAGCUGGACACCAAUGGGAUUUACAAGGCCAUCGGAGAGUUCAAGACCGUCCUCCUGUGGAUCAGUGACAUGAGAGAGAGAAAGGAAACAUCAAUGGAUAAAUGCCAGUAGUCUUCCAUCCAUCCAUCCACCCACCCAUCCAUCCACCCACCCAUCCAUCCAUCCAUCCACCCAUCCAUCCAUCCAUCCAUCCACCCAUCCAUCCACCCAUCCAUCCAUCCAUCAAUGCAAUUGUCAAAGCUUUGAAUCAUUUCUACUCCAUGUAAGAUUGUAUCAGUAUUUUAGUAUUUAAAUAGGAAAAGUGUAUUUUCUUUAGUUAUAUUUACUUAGGUUCAUAUUUAUUGUUUUAUAAAAUAUGAUAUUAUUAUUAUUUUUCAUAUAAAUGAGGAUGUUAUUGUCUGUGACAGGUGAACAUAGUUGUGUUCAAAAUUAUAAUUUUUAAAAUCACUUUUGUCUUUACAAAUCAUAUUUAAUGUAUUGUUUAAGUGAAUGUUUUUUAUACCAAAUAUCUGUCUGCCUUUUGAUUAUCAAAAUAAAAUACCAUUUGUAUUUCUAAAAUGAGGAGUUUUCUAAAUCUCG